AUGGAGCCGCGGGAGCCCGCGGCGGGGCCCCUCAACGGGUCCCGAGCUGUGGCAGAGCUGCCCCGCGGGGAGUUCAACCUCUCUGGGCUGCCAGAGGAGGAGGGGAAGCCCCUCUUCGGCAUCGGCAUCGAGAACUUCAUCACCUUGAUCGUCUUCGGCUUGAUCUUCACCCUGGGGGUGCUGGGCAACACCCUGGUGAUCACGGUGCUGGCAAGGAGCAAGCCAGGCAAGCGCCGAAGCACCACCAACAUCUUCAUCCUCAACCUGAGCAUCGCGGACCUGGCCUACCUACUCUUCUGCAUUCCUUUCCAGUCUACGGUCUAUGUGCUCCCCACCUGGGUGCUGGGUGCCUUCAUCUGUAAGUUCAUCCACUACUUCUUCACCAUCUCCAUGCUGGUGAGCAUCUUCACGCUCUCGGCCAUGUCCGUGGACCGCUAUGUGGCCAUUGUGCACUCCCGGCGCUCCUCAGCCCUGCGCAUUCCCCGCAAUGCACUGGUGGGUGUGGGGCUCAUCUGGGCACUCUCCUUCGCCAUGGCCUCACCUGUGGCUCACCACCAGCGCAUCUUCCACCGUGAGACCAGCAACCAGACCUUUUGCUGGGAGCACUGGCCCAACCCACGCCACAAGAAGGUCUACGUGGUUUGCACAUUCGUCUUUGGAUAUCUGCUGCCACUGCUUCUCAUCACCUUCUGCUAUGCCAAGGUUCUUAACCACCUGCACAAGAAGUUGAGAAACAUGUCAAAGAAGUCAGAAGCAUCCAAGAAAAAGACAGCACAGACUGUGUUGGUGGUGGUAGUGGUUUUUGGCAUCUCCUGGCUGCCGCAUCACGUGAUCCAUCUCUGGGCUGAAUUUGGAGUUUUCCCACUGACUCAAGCCUCCUUUCUCUUCAGGGUAAUUGCACACUGCCUGGCUUACAGCAAUUCUUCUGUGAACCCAGUUAUAUAUGCAUUUCUAUCUGAAAACUUUAGGAAGGCCUACAAACAAGUCUUCAAAUGCCAGACGGUUAAAAAGUCACCUCUGAAUGAUGCUAAGGAAAAUAAAAGUCGGAUAGAUACACCACCAUCCACCAAUUGUACCCAUGUGUGAAUACUGAGAAGGCCUGUAUGUUGG